GACCAGCCAACAUGGAGGUUUUUGACUUCAACGUCUCUGCGCUCCACCUCUCCCAAAGAUUAGCCAAUGUUAGCAGUGAACAGACUAUCUACGAGAGCUGCAAAGACAUGCCGGGAGUUCUCAUCUGGUAUCUCAGUCUGCAGUUCACCAACAUGUUCCUGGGCAUCCCGACCAACCUCACUGUGCUCUGGCUCAUCCACAAGAACAACGGGGACUCCUCCACCUCAGACAUCUUCAUCAUUCACCUGGCCAUCCUAGAUGUGCUGUUCUGUCUCAUCCCUCCCCUGGAGCUGGCCAACAUCAUCUUCCUCACCACCGGCACCACCUGGUACGUCCUGCGCUUCUUCUACGGCAUCAAAGACUUCUCGCCGCUCUUUCUGUCCUGCAUCUGCCUGGACCGCUACAUGGCCGUGAUCCACCCCAUCACCUUCACCAAGCUCAAGGACCGUCAGCACAGAGCAGCGCUGGCUGCUUUGGUUUGGCUCAUCAUUCUGGCCUAUGCCUCGGCUAAAUGCGCAGGCAACAUCGUGCAGUUCGACAAGGUUUUCACCGUAAUGAUCCUCACGACGUUUGCUUUCAUGGUGUUUUGCAACUUAGCGAUACUCUGGGCGCUGCGGCGGUCCGGCCCUGGCCGAGAUGCCAUGCAUCCGGUGAAGAAGAGAGCCUUCAAGAUGGUCCUGAUAAUCCUGGCCAUCAUCGUCUUCAACUACUCCCCCCCAGUUGCACUUUUCCCCUUCAAAGAAUACUUCUCUCCAGACGUGUUUCGCUGCUAUAUUCACUAUGUUGCCUUUGGAUUGAUGGACUUCAGCAGCACCAUUCAGCCGAUGCUCUAUCUAUCCAAGGAAAAGUUCACAUGGAGACCCAACUGCUGCAGAACGAAGGGCAACAUGACACAAACAAAUUCAGACUCGCGGGUGGUUUUGACCAUAUCGCAGCAGUUAGAGAACGUGGACACGGGCUCGUUCUGAAGAAGCUGAGGAUUACAGAACAACAAAAACAACUUUUGUGGAUGCAACAACAUGAGCAUGUAACAGUAAAGGGGAGUGGCUGGACAAGAAAUGAAAAUGGUUCACUGUACUGUGCAAAGGUCUUGAUUUAUUGAUUAUUGCUUUAUAUUUGGUUCCAGCAACCCUUCAUAAUCUUCCAAGUUUGUCUGAACAAAGUUUUUUUGUUUGUCUGUUUGUUUGUUUUGGCUUUCUAAAGAUUUUCUUUGGGCUUCAACUGAUUACUCCUCAUUUUCAGUGCAGCAUGACCACUAUAUUUUUAAGACACUCAGCUUUGUCAGAUAAACCUUUCAGGCAUUAUGAAAUUUUGUAACUAAAGGGAUGAACCAGUUUUGCAUCUGCACAUAACAAACAAUUUAGUAAAGCCCCGAUUUUAAAUUAGAUCCACAGGUAUUCCUGUUUUGGCAACCUAUCAAAAAGACAGAUUUUCUUUUUGCUAUUUCUUGUCUAAAUCUACAUAAAAAUUUGCAAAAACUACACAGCUUCCCACAGACACGGCAAAGCAGCUAAAACAUGUUGAAAAUAGUAAAUGAUCAACAGAAGAAUGAUUAAUUUCUCUAUUCCUGUCUUUGGGGAUUUCGGGAAAGGCAAGCCUUUCAGUCACUGUUUAUCACUUGUCCAUUUUCUUUGCCGAAACAAACUUUUGAAAAAGCAGCUAAAGUCCAAAGAAAACUUACAACAGAAGGGCUGACGAACUACUGAUCAAGAAAG